GAGCAGCCAAUCAAUAAUAAAACAUUUGAUUGCAAGGGAACAUUCUUUUAAACCCAGUUCAGGACUGCACAUAGAUUCAGCUUUGCAGUAAUCUUGUGAUUGCAAUUGUCACAUGGACACAGUUUAAAGAAAACAUUUCAGUUAUACGGCUUUAAAGAUGAACAUGGAGAAAAUCAUCCUACAAUUCCCUCUAAUAUUGCUGGUGCUGCAUAUACAAGGAGGACAGUUCUCUGACGAUCCAGUUUUUUCGAUUGCCGAAGCUCCACAGCCGGAAGUCGUGGAGUUCAACAACACAAUCUAUGCCACUUGUGAAGUAACUCCCGUGCACAAUUUGCCACCUAGCCAGCCAGAGAUCUUUGGGCAAGUCCUUUUCAAGCAGCUCUUCCCCAAUGGAACUUUAGAAGUGAAAAUCAACCUCCGUGGUUUGCCUGCCAUCGAUAAUCAAGUUCGUGCCAUGCACAUCCAUCAGUAUGGAGACCUCAGUCAAGGCUGCGUCACUGUUGGUUCUCAUUAUAAUCCGCAUCAUGUUGACCACCCUGGUCAUCUUGGAGACCUGGGCAACUUUGCUUCCAAACAAGGAGUUAUAAGGCAGUUCCUGACGCUCCCAGAGGCCAAGCUCUUUGGGGCUCACUCCAUACUGGGACGUUCGGUGGUGGUUCAUGAGAAGGAGGAUGAUCUGGGAAUGGGGUCAGAUGAGGAGAGUAAACGCAGUGGGAAUGCUGGAAAGAGAAUUGCUGUCUGUGUGAUUGGCAUUACUACUCCAAGUCUGUGGCAGAAGACUGAACCCGGGCAAGAUGUGGAGGAGGGAACCGGGAGUCAAAGAUGAGAGAGUCUGAUGUGGUGGAAGGGCAGAUACAAAUUGGGUAAUGAUUUACCUUGUGUAUAUUAUUUGUUGGUGUUCUACAAUAAAGUAAUAUUUGAAGUUACCCUGAAA